GCUAGCCCUGCCUACUUCUUUCACGCAGCCGUCCCUCGUUUGAGUGCGCUCUCCUCCUGCCAGCAGCAGACCUCGGUACUGCCAACUUCUUCUCGGCUCUGCUCAAAGACCGUCAUUUGCCACCAACACCAUGUCUGCCGGAAACGCUAAGAUUGGCCAGCCUGCCCCAGACUUCAGCGCCACAGCUGUGGUGGGUGGACAGUUCAAGGACAUCAAGCUGUCAGACUACAGAGGGAAGUACGUGAUCUUCUUCUUCUACCCCCUGGACUUCACAUUUGUGUGUCCCACUGAGAUCGUGGCCUUCAGCGACAGGGCAGAGGAGUUCCGCAGCAUUGGCUGCGAGGUGAUCGGCUGCUCCAUAGACUCUCACUUCAGUCACCUGGCGUGGAUCAACACACCAAGGAAGCAGGGAGGUCUGGGUAACAUGAAAAUCCCCCUUGUGGCAGAUCUCACCAAGACCAUCUCCAGAGACUACGGUGUUCUGAAGGAGGAUGACGGCAUUGCAUACAGGGGUCUGUUUGUGAUUGACGACAAGGGCAUCCUGAGGCAGAUCACCAUCAAUGACUUGCCUGUGGGUCGCUCUGUGGAUGAGACUCUGCGCCUGGUCCAGGCCUUCCAGCACACCGACAAACAUGGAGAAGUGUGCCCCGCUGGCUGGAAACCUGGGAGUGACACAAUCAUCCCUGAUGUCGAGAAGAGCAAAGACUUCUUCUCCAAGCAGUAAAUGUGAAGGUCUUCGAGCUGACUUCCUACCUGUAGCACUUACCUUCAGAUCAGAGGUGUCCCUGUGAAGCAGUAUCUCAUGGCGUCCAAUCUAAUGUAUUAAACCCAACACAAUUUCAGAACUCGUUAGGUAAAUCCUUUGUUGCAAACUUAUCUUUGUACGUCCAAUGUACAACAGGUGGGGCGACCUCAUAGUCUAAAGCACUGAAAGUAUAGUUUUGUUCUUUUUUUUUCAGAAAAAAAGUAUCAAUAUUUUUCCUUGCUGUCUUGAAUAAUUUACUACCAUCUUUAUUAAAACGGUGGGAAAAUUGUGA